UUCCCCAAACGCCUCCAGCAGCCAGUGUCGAUCUGCUUUCCAGCAAUGGGACUAGCUGGCACCACAGUGAAAUAUCAGUCUCGAAAUGCGACUUGGCGGAAUGAAUAACUGAGGAAGGGACGGAUCUUCAGCGUGUAAAACAGAUGCCGAAUGAUCCAAGGAUGUUUCACCCAGAUCCGCGUUGCUUACGUUGGGAUGUGAUUUUCCUGAGCUUGAUGGGUCUGGUUUGGACGAGCAACUUUGUCACAACUUCUUCGGACUUUUCCGGAUACAUGUCGAGGGUUCUGAGGAAUUACACAGAGCAUGCAUGUGAUGGAGAAUAUAUCUCACUGCGGUGUCCUCACAGAACAACCAUCAGUAUCCAGUCUUCAUUUUAUGGUAGGAAGGCACCCAGCCACCAGAUGUGCCCGUCACGCUACGCACAGUCUCUUAAAGACCUUGAAAUGGAAGAUUUGUCCUGUUCAGCUAUCACUUCCUUACAGAAAAUGUUGGAUGAGUGCCAGGACAGAAGGAGUUGUCAGCUUCUUGUCAACAGUAGAAUAUUUGGGAUAGAUCCUUGUCCCGGAACCAGUAAAUACCUCAUGGUUUGGUACAAGUGCCGGCCAAAUGAAUAUAAGAGUAAAGUGGCUUGUGAGGAUGACAAACUACGCCUGAACUGUAAACGGAGUAUGGUGAUAGCCAUUUAUUCCGCUAUCUUUGGCCGGUCACAAGAAGGAAACUUGGAAUGUCCUUACUGGAAUGUUGGAGUUCCAGCUAUAGACUGCCAGUCAACCUUAGCUUUACAGAUUAUGACUAAACGAUGCCACAGGAAGAGAAGUUGCAGUGUGUAUGCCAGUUCCUAUGAAUUUGGUGACCCCUGUUAUCCAGGCAUCCGCAAAUUCCUCAAUGUUAUCUAUACUUGUGUGCCUAAAAAAUUGCUGGAUGAAACCAACCCCAAGACAACACAUUACAAAGGGAUUCAGCAGCUCAGCUUCCCACCACACCACAAGCCUUAUGAUCGGAAUAUUGUAGGAGAUGGUGUCUUUUCCCAUGAUGCAUUUCCUUUCAUAACAGAGGCAACUUUGCCAGAAGAAAAGAAGAAAGGAAGAUCGGCUUCUAAUUACCCGAUGGACAAUAAACGUCUUCCUAUUCCACUGGAUGAGAGUGAUAAACAGCUUCUGGAAACGAAGGGCAUUCGGAGUAAGAUGGCAUUAUUAAGCAACAUUCUGGAAACCUAUUCCUAUAUCGUAGAGAAUCCUGAGAAAACUGCUCUGUAUUUCCUGUCUGGCGUGUGCAUUGGACUGAUCCUAACGCUGUGCGCCCUGGUAGUACGGAUAUCCUGUCAGACAGACUUGAAGAAAUCUGUGGUUAAGAAUACAGAUGAGGAGGGCAGUAAUGACGAUGAUGAUGACAGCGAUGAUGACAACUCUGACACUACCUCCAAUCUGUCAGCCAGGCGGCACCGUCGCUUUGAGAGAACUUUAAACAUGAAUGUUUUUACCUCAGCAGAGGAGCUGGAACGGGCUCAGAGGCUGGAAGAAAGAGAGCGGAUAAUUAGGGAGAUCUGGAUGAACGGUCAGCCAGAUAUUCCUGCCACUAGAAGCUUGAAUCGUUAUUACUGA